UUUAAAAAAAAAAAAAGAUUAUGUCUAAUUUACGUUUUAUUAAAAAAAAAAGUAGCAAGUCCGUCGACAACACUGGACGUGCAGGUGAUGGAGGAGGAAGAAGAAGAAGAAGAAGAAGAAGAGGGUGAAGAAUCGCUUCACAAUACGUGGGAUGAAAUCAUGUCGAUAGCAUCGGCCGCUAGCGAUCGCAGUGUCUACGGCGAUGAUGAUGAUGACCGCUCCACAACGUCCAGCACUUCUAACGAGCGCUAUCAAUUUGUAGAGCCGUUGGAGGCUGCUGGCUACGAUAACCAUAUUGCACCGGACAACGCACGGUCUCCGCAGGAGCACGACGACGCUGAAGAACCGGUGCUAUGGGUUCGUAGGAACGACGUGUACGAGGUAGCGAAUGCCGACGAAGCGGCCGAUGCAGUGGCGGGGCGCGAUGGGGCCCCGAGCGCAGCGGCUACCCUCGAGGAAGAUGCGGGAGAUGCGGGCGCGCAAUAUCAGACAGGCUUGGGACCCCUUCUUCGGUCGCAGAGUGGUGACGACGAAGACACCGCCAACGAUGGAGUCAUCGAUAACGACGUGUUACCGCCAGGGCAUAGGUUCACCGUACAAUCCGAAACGACGCGUCGCAGAAAUCGGUUUCGUUUAGACGGACGCGAAAUUACAAUGGCUAUCAGACGGCCGCUCCAAGAUCCUGAUACGAAUACCGUAUCCUGGUUGCAGGGCGCUGUCCGAGAUUUACACGCGUACCUUACAAGCUCGUGUACCGCACGAGAUUAUAUAGGUCUGACGAUUAAAUCAGACAGUUUUGCGUGCGGAGCCGCGUGGCUGUCGUACAGACCGGCUCGAGACUUUCUUGAUAACGACGUGUGAGGUGUAAUAUCGUCCGUCGCACAGAGCGCCCAGGCGUUCCAAAUAGACAGAUCUUUUGUCAUAGAGUCGUGUAUAGUCGAAGUGCCGCGGGGUACGGGUCGCGUGCGAUUAGCGCACGAGUUUGUAAAAAAACACUCUACACUUACCAUAAUAAACACCGAUAAUCUCUGUCUACCUAGAUCGCUCGCUGUGGCGAUGGUAUACGCUCAACGCGGGGAAGUAUGCUCUGGGGAACUGCAUGAGAGAUGGAGCGCUGUACGGCGUCAACGGGGUAAAUUUCAAAAACAAUUAGCUCUUUAGAAAUUGAUAAAUUUCAAAGGUACCUUGCUACGGAUGGUAUAGCCAUUGUUGUUUACGAGUUCGACAGUAUAGGCAGCGGUGAGAAACCGCUGUACGACGGAUCGCAGAUAGU